AUGGACCUUUCCAACUUGUUUGGUAACCCCCCAUACUUCUAUAUCUUGCCUCUGUUAAUCUGCGCUUUCUUUAGGAAUCAACGCUCUGACAGGCUAAUUAGACAGAUAAUGUCCGCCCAACAGAACGAUGCCCCGAGAGGAAAGUCUCAAGGGGAACCAUGUCCGAUCUCACCGAACUGGAAGCCUCAUGUCAAGCCGUUCGAUAAUCCUCUCAACCGAGGGUUCAAAAGACCCGGGAAUCUUUGCUUCCGAAACUCCACGAUCGCGCUACUCGUCCAUAGUCCCACCUUAUUCAACUGGCUCUCUACCUACGUGAACCACCACAAGCAUAAAAGCCCGGAUGGUGAAGGAUGCAUCCUCUGUGCGCUAUUUGAGGUUAUGCAGGUAUAUUGGUCUGAAGGCCGCCUUCGCAAGGAGCACGAAGAACGAAUGAAUACGCUCUGGAACAUCGUGGUUAGCCUCUACCCUGGUUACAACACCGGUCAGCAUGAUGUACCUGAGUUCUUGGAAAUUUUUUACAGCAUGCUAUACGAUGCUACAGAUGUCCAACACCAUGCAGACCUUGAUCAUUUGUUCAAGGUCAUCAAGGUCGAGUACGAUGCUUGUGGAAUGUGCCAACAUGUAGGCUCAUGCCAGAGCAAUAGAGCAUCCAUUACGGUUGAAGAUGCAAUCAAGGAGGUAUUCACGAAUUUUAUUACAGCAGCUAACUGCGAAAGAUGCCAGAAGAAGGGUUAUCGGACUGACUGGUUUGCAAGCUCACCCGAGAAUCUCUUUGUGCAGUUUCACGGAGGAGACACUCAACAGACCAACACGCAGGUUCAACUUAAAAAUAGGCUUGUCAUCCCGGAGGGGUGUGUAUUUGAGGAAUUGCAGGAUAAAAGAAAGCUUGAAUAUGAGCUUUACGGCGUCGUUUUUCACAAAGGAACGAGUUUCCAAGGUCACUAUACUAUCGCAGUCAGAGGCCCUAACGAAGGAUGGACGGAGAUCGAUGACCUUAAGUCAAACCCCUUGGAAGAAACUAAAUUCCUUGCGUCACAACAAAAUCGCCGAGACGCCUACCUGUUGGCAUAUCGAAGGGUGAGAAGCCGGGACAAGACAGAGCAAAGCAAGCCCUCUUACCCACCCAAUAAUCCGCCAUCUGCAACCCCUUUGAAAGUUCUUGCCACAAAACCUGCCUCCGAAGGUAAAUUGCCCCAUGCAAGACCAGCUAAUAAUGACAAUCAGGUUAAGUUGGAGCAGACCAUCCGGCCUGAAGGGGCAGCCAUGCCGUGGGCACACAUUCUUAACUUAGAUCACUCCGCGGGGACACAAUUUGAACCAAAGGACCAAGAUAUCGAAUUGGGAAUGAAAUGCACUUUACCGACAGGUGAGAUCGUUGAAGGAUCAGGGAGCAUAUCGCUAACCUUGAGUGGGUCUCGAAAGCGAGCAAGGGAGCCUGCAGAGAUUGCAGAUGCGAAAAUGGCGAAGAAACGAAAGGCUGAACCAAAGGCUGCUGCGAAGAAGGCCUCAAAACGAACGCGCCGUGCGGAGUCUGAUGCACCGUACGAACCUGAUAACCCUCGGUCGGAGCGAAAACGGUGA